CGCCGGGCGUCGGCGGCAGAGAUUAGCAGACACCGGAAGAGCCGUCGCCGCCGCCGUGUUGGCGUGGGCUUGAAGCGUAAGAGCAGGAGAUUGACAAGUAAAGAAGAUUGCUUCGCUGCAGCGCAGCCUGCUUGCUUGCAUACUUGCUCACUCGCCAUUGCACCUGAUCAUCGCCAUCGGAGGAGAAGAAAGUAGAAUAAGAAGGAGACGAGGAGGAGGAGGAGGAGGAAGAAGGAAGGACCAGGGAGAGAUUGAGAUUGAGAGAGAGAGUGAGAGUGAUUGCCAGGGUUUGGUGCUGCAGCUGCCGCCGCCAUGGCGGAAUCCGAGGCCGUGAUGAAGGUGGAAGACACCUCCGCGGCGUCUAAGGCAACAGAGCCUACGCCAUCGAAGAAGGAUGGCGAUGCCGAGACGGAAAAUAUCGAGGAGCUUGAAAUGAAAGGUCUUAAAAUCGUGGAAAAUGUGGACGACAUCGUUGACGAGCCUGGGCACAUCAAGAGUGAGGAGCUUAUUGAGCCCGAAACGAUCAAGAAGGUUGUUGCCGAUGAUACGCCGUACACCUCCGCGAAGUCGUUCGAAGACCUAAAUUUGUCGCAGGAGCUUCUACAGGGAUUGUAUUCGGAAAUGAAAUUCGAAAAACCUAGUAAGAUUCAAGCUGCGACGUUGCCGAUGAUUGUCUCGCCGCCUUACCAAAACUUGAUCGCGCAGGCUCACAAUGGUUCGGGAAAGACGACUUGCUUUGUUCUCGGUAUGUUGAGCCGCAUCGAUCCCCAGCUGAAAGCUCCUCAAGCCCUGUGCGUGUGCCCCACGCGAGAGCUCGUUAAUCAGAACGAGGAGGUGGUGACUCGAAUGGGAAGAUACACGGGAAUAACGACGGCAAGCACAGCAACAGUUGAAACACCUAGUCACUUGUAUUCGUCAAGGCGUGAGAAAAUCGUGGAUCAACUUGUUAUUGGUACACCAGGAACCUUGAAGCGCUGGAUAACUAAGGACAAAGCUUUGGACACAAGGAAUAUAAAGAUUCUGGUGUUUGACGAAGCCGAUCAAAUGUUCGAUCAAGAUGGAUUUCAAGAUGACUCGCUGAGGCUUUGGAGAGAUAUCAAUAGAAGUGGAAAAAGUUGCCAAGUGCUUCUGUUCUCUGCAACCUUCAGUGAGAAAGUGAAGUCCUUUGCAAUGAAGACCAUUCCCAAAGCCAACUACAUUUUUGUUGAGAAAGAGCAGCUUUCACUUGACGUUAUCCGGCAGUACCAAAUUGUGUGUCCAGAUUCCCGGUCAAAGAUUGAUGUCCUCAAGAACCGCAUUUUUCCAGCUGCAGAGAAACUAGGUCAAUCAAUAAUUUUCGUUCGCACCCGUGGGGCAGCUAGUGAGCUCCACAAAUGCCUGGAAGAGGACGGUCACAAGUGCACAAGUAUACAAGGUGGUCUCACCCAUGAAGAACGUGAUCGUGUGAUCAAGGAAUUUCGAGCAGGAGAAACCAAGAUUCUGAUCGCUACUGAUGUACUUGCACGUGGCUUUGAUCAAGCCCAGGUCACCUUGGUGGUCAACUAUGAUAUUCCUGUGAAGAAUACUUCAAAUAGACAUGCUUAUGCCGAGCCUGACUAUGAGACUUACUUGCAUCGGAUUGGUCGAAGUGGGAGGUUUGGCCGCAAAGGUGCUGCUUUCAACCUUCUGGUUACUCAAGAAGACAAAAGGAUCAUGCGAAGUAUUGAGCAGCACUUUAACAGAAACGUUCCUGAGGUGGCUUGGGACAAUGAGGAAGGUAUUGAGCACGUAUUGAAGGAUGCAGGCCUUGCUUGAUUCUUGUUACUAUUCGAUGUUUCUCGUGGGUGGGUAUUCUAUCCUGUUUGCUGAGUAUCACUCUCUGUGAGAGGAUUAUCACCUACCAGAUGUAGGUUUAUCUAUACCGGGUACUAGGAGGUUUUUCACGGACAGGCCUGAAGCUAUUUUCUAGGUAUAAAGCAUCCUAGCAAGUGAAAUGUAAAAAAUCGCGGUCUAGGACAAACUGUAUCGGCUUGCAAGAUGAGGCUACGAAGGUUUACAAGCUCACCGACCACGCUUUGUGCGACAGGAAGCUUUCCUUAUUGAGCUGUUGCAUGGGUCGCGUUUACAAGUUUUUCAUGGCCAUUAAGUGCAUGACAGAAAUUCUGGUCUAGUGCCCGAUUUCAUUAUCUUUUGUCUUAGUUAAGUGGAUAGGGAUAGUUUUUUCGUAUAUUGCAACUGGCAUGUUGCCGUUGUCAAGGAUACGGCAUGAGACUAGUGUAGUAUUCAAAAGGUUCAGCUUAGAGAUAAACCAAUCGCCCAGGAUCUUGCUGGUGGUGGUGUGUUGAAAAUGUACGCAUUGUUGCUUAAGGAGUACCCACUUUUUAUUAGGUCUUUUAUGUAAAGAUUGUACCUCAUUUCUUUACUGUCCAAUUGGUUAAAAAAUUAAAAAGGUUUCACCCGA